AUGAAGUACUUUUUUUGGAACGUCAGGGGCCUUAACGGCGAUACUAAGCAGCUUGCAGUAAAGAGGUGGAUCACCUUCAACCGUCCUCUCUUUGGCGGUCUUUUGGAAACUAGGGUGAAGUUCUAUAAUCUUCCCUCUAUGAUGAACCGUUGCUUUCAUGGCUGGAGAUUUGAUUCUAACCAUUCUGAGGAAGCGGAGAAUGGCAGAAUAGUCAUUGUUUGGAAUCCCAUCCUCUCAGUGAUUACCUAUUUGAAAACGGAUCAGUUACUUCUCUGUGGAGUCUAUAACCCUAUAUCUAGAGCUUCUAUUACGGAUUCGUUUCCCGACUCAAACGCUCUUUUCGAUGUUCCGGGGUGUUCAGACCACUCUCCAUGUUUGGUCACAGUGUCGAAUAGUGAACAGAGAAGAGCCUCGUGCUUUAACUUUUUCACUUUCUUCACUCUACAUCCGGAUUACACACGUCUCAUCACAGAAGCUUGGAAUUCUAUUAUUCAUCCAUCAGAUCCAAUGUUCUCUCUUUACCAGAAGCUGAGAUCUGCUAAGCUCUGUUGCAAAGCCCUCAAUCAUGGCAGCUUCAGUAAUAUUCAAGCUAGAUCCAGGGAAGCGUUUCAACGUUUGGAGGACGUUCAAAGGCAAGCCUUAUCUACUCCUUCUCAGGAGUUGUUCGAGGAGGAAAGGCUAGCCAGGGACUCUUGGUUGAUGUUUGCGUCUGCAGAAGAGUCUUUUUUCAGGCAGAAGUCUCGAAUAAGAUGGCUGAAAGAAGGAGAUGCGAAUACAGGAUUCUUUCACAAAUCAGUAAAGUCCAAUCUCUCUACGAAUGUGAUUCAUUUUCUCUCAGAUCCUCUGAGAAAUAGAAUUUCUGAGACUAAUGCCAUGAAGGCAACGGUGCUCAAUUAUUACAAGAAUCUCCUCGGGUCAUCUAAUGAUGAGGUUUCACCUCUUUCGGUGAAUGAGUUACAAUCUAAGCUAUUAUAUCGAUGCCCCAGCUCCUUGGCAGAGAUAAUAGUAAAGAUUCCAACGGAUGAAGAGAUCAGAGAUACGAUUUUCUCUCUGCCCAAGAACAAAGCCCCGGGACCGGAUGGAUUUACUGUGGAGUUCUUUACAAUGUCGUGGGAUUUGGUUGGUCAAGACUUAACUGAAGCGGUCAAAUCCUUUUUUAUUAAUGGAUCUCUUAGGAGACAAGUUAACUCUACGGUGAUCUCGCUCAUACCAAAAACUCCAGGAGCGUCGGUGCUAACGGAUUUCCGACCUAUCUCCCUCUGCAAUACAGUCUACAAGGUUAUAUCAAAAAAUCUAGCUGCUCGACUUAAACUUGUAACUGUGAGUGCAGUUCAGAGGAAUCAAGUGGGCUUUGUUAAUGGGAGACUGUUGUGUGAGAAUGUGUUGCUUGCUUCGGAGCUUGUAAAUGAUUUUCAUAAGCCAGGGCAGAUAUCAAGAGGGUGCCAACAAAUUGAUAUUACCAAGGCUUAUGACAACGGGAAUUGGGUGUUUGUGCCUAACAUUCUGGAAGCUCUCCAUUUGCCUCAGACGUUUAUAAAUUGGAUAAAGCUAUGUAUCACUUCUCCACACUACUCUGUUGCUUUUAAUGGAGAACUUGUGGGUUUUUUCGCAGGAAAAAAAGGCUUGAGACAAGGGGACCCAAUCUCAUCCUCUUUAUUUGUCUUAGCCAUGGACGUUCUCUCUAAAUCUCUCGAUGAAGGGACUCUUCUCAACCGGUUCAGACCUCAUCCUCUCUGUUCUAAUCCUCUUAUUACUCAUUUGAGCUUCGCAGAUGACCUUCUUGUUUUCUUCGACGGUAGAGCAGAGUCUUUGCAAGGCAUCUUCGAUAUUUUGAAGGAUUUUCAGAAAAUCUCGGGUUUAGCACUGAGUCUGACGAAAACUUCUCUUUUCUUGGAUGGGGACAAUUACCAAGUCACUCAUGAUAUGGCAGCUAGAUUCGGUAUUCGUCACGGUUCCCUCCCGGUUAGGUAUUUGGGUUUACCCUUAUUACCAAAAAAAUUAUCUUUACAAGAUUGCCAGCCACUUCUGGAUAGGGUGAGAUCUAGAAUUGGCUCUUGGACCGUGAGACCUCUCUCUUUUGCUGGUAGACUGCAAUUGAUUAAAUCAGUUCUAAAUGGGAUUAUCAAUUUUUGGGCAUCAAUCUUCCCUCUUCCAAAGAGGUGUAUGGAAGUUGUUGAAAGGAUGCUUAAUGCAUUUUUAUGGUCUGGAUCUCCGGAUUCAACAAAAGGAGUCAAGGUGUCGUGGGAAACAGCUUGUACUCCAAAAAAAGCAGGAAGAACAGGGUUCUCUGUGGGUAGCUUGGACCAGAGCAAAAAUCAUCCAGCAAAGGGACUUCUGACAUUUGGUUUCAGGGCGUCCGGAAGUUGGAUUUGGAGACGAUUAAUGAAAUUGAGAGAUUUAGCUCGCCCUUUCCUUGUUUGCCAAGUGGUUUCCGGAAGAUCAGCUUUAUUUUGGCUAGACAAUUGGACGGCUCUUGGUCCAUUAAUAGAUAUUAUUGGAGCUAAUGGUCCGCGAAUUUCAGGUAUCCCGAGAAUGGCCACUGUCUCUCAGGCCCUAGUUGAUGGAUCUUGGUCCUUGCCUCGGGGAAGACAUCCGAUCACCGUCUUAUUAAGAAACUGUCUUCCUCCGCCUCCGGUGUUCAAUACUCAGAGCUCUGUGGAUAUUUACUUAUGGAAGAAUGACCAAAACUCGCCGCCAGGAAAAUUCUCAAUGGCGAAGACCUGGAAAUCGAUACAUCCUUCUCCACGAAGAGUGCCUUGGUACGAUGCAGUCUGGUUCAAGGAGCAUGUUCCAAAGCAUGCUUUUAUUUCGUGGUUGGCGGUAUUGAAUCGUCUUGUAACUAGAGACAGGAUGAGGUCUUGGGGAUUGGUUGUCCCAGAGGAGUAUUUACUUUGUGGAUCCUCAGUUGAAUCGAGAAACCACUUAUUCUUCUCUUGUAGUUAUUCACAGACGGUAUGGAACUCUUUCUUCACUCACGGGACUUUAUCUCCGCCGACGGACUUCGACGGUAUUAUCUCUUGGAUAUCUACUUGUCUUAAUUCUUCCAACUUGAGGACUAUCUGCAAACUUCUUUUCCAAGCAGUGGUUUAUUACUUAUGGGCAGAGCGUAAUGCAAGAAUUCAUUCUCCCUCAUUAAAGACUUUCCACACUUUGGUGAAGGAGAUAAAACUUACAUUGCGAGCCAAACUUUCGGGGCUUGAUAGAGCAGCUCUACAAACCGCUAAUUCCCAGUCCCGUCAGUCAUCUUCUUUGGAAAGUCUCCUUCAUACUUGGUUUGAGUUUAUCCAAUUAACUUGA